GAGCCGUAAAGCGGUGUGUUUUGGAUUGGGAGGUCAUUGGAAAGUGAGGAGCACGGACUGGUCCAGGGGACAGAGCAACGAGAGGGUUGGCAUUACUCGGAUGCUGAUGUUAUUUAUACACGAUUGAAUAGAUUUGUGUGGUGCUUUUUUUCCCCAAUUCUCCGAGAUGCUUCGUCUAAUUCUGCGUCUCAGGCCCACCGCCGGUCUCCCCGGUUCCCGUGCCCUACAGGGGCCUGCGCUGAGUUCGCGUUGCGGACACGGAGUUUGUCCGAGGCGGCUUCACUCCCGGGUCGCAUCCGGGGCCGCGUACGGCGGCGUGGACGGCGUCGCCCUCACCCACAGAACGUCGUUGCUGCGGUGUCAGAUCGCGGGCGGUUGUCAGACCAAGCGCUUCUACAGCCUACCGCCUCAUCAGAAGGUGGAACUACCUGCUCUGUCCCCCACUAUGCAGACCGGAACCAUUGCCCGCUGGGAGAAGAAAGAGGGUGAAAAGAUCAGUGAGGGAGACCUUAUCGCUGAGGUGGAGACUGACAAGGCCACAGUAGGUUUUGAGAUGCUGGAGGAGUGCUAUCUUGCCAAAAUCCUGGUUGCUGAAGGCACCAGGGAUGUCACUGUGGGAGCUGUAAUCUGCAUUACGGUCGACAAUCCUGAUCUCAUCCCAGCCUUUAAGGAUUUCACAUUGGACUCCCUGAAAACAGCUGGAGCUGCACCCACACCCGCAGCAUCCACUCCGCCUCCUCCCUCACCCCCUUCUGCAACCACUGCAGCCCCAGGCAGCUCUUACCCCUCGCACCUGAAGAUCCAGCUUCCUGCCCUUUCCCCCACCAUGACAAUGGGAACAGUUCAGCGCUGGGAGAAGAAGGUUGGUGAGAAGCUGAGUGAAGGAGAUCUGCUGGCAGAGAUUGAGACCGACAAGGCAACCAUUGGGUUUGAGGUGAUGGAGGAGGGAUAUUUGGCCAAAAUCAUGGUGCCUGAGGGCACCCGGGACGUCCCUCUGGGGACACCGCUCUGCAUUAUUGUCGAGAAAGAGAGUGACAUCGCUGCCUUCAAAGACUAUGUGGAGACUGGAGUGGCUGAGGUCACCACACCUCCUCCAGCCCCAGGACCAGCUGCAGUUCCUGCGGCGCCGGCCGCGCCCUCCCCUGUCCCGGUGGCUGCUGCCCCUGCCGCAGCAGUGCCGAGGAAAGGUCGUGUGUUUGCCAGCCCCCUUGCUAAGAAACUUGCUGCUGAGAAAGGCAUUGACUUGGCACAGGUUAGCGGCUCGGGCCCCGAUGGACGUGUCACCAGGAAAGACAUAGAGAGCUUUGUGCCACCAAAGGCUGCCCCUGCAGUGGCUGCUGCUCCCACUGCAGCACCUACUCCUGCUGUUGCUGCCCCCACACUUAGCGGACCAGCUGGCACCUUCACGGACAUCCCCAUCAGCAACAUCCGCAGGGUUAUUGCACAGAGGUUGAUGCAGUCCAAACAAACCAUCCCUCACUACUAUCUGUCUGUAGAUGUCAACAUGGACCAAGUGCUGGAGCUCAGGAAGGAACUCAAUGAAGAGGUGAAAGCCCAAAAUAUUAAGCUCAGUGUGAAUGACUUCAUCAUCAAAGCCAGCGCCUUAGCCUGCCUCAAGGUCCCUGAAGCCAACUCCUCCUGGAUGGACACAGUCAUCCGCCAGAACCAUGUGGUGGAUAUGAGUGUUGCAGUGAGCACAGCAAAUGGUCUAAUCACACCCAUAGUUUUCAACGCUCACACCAAAGGACUGGCUGCCAUCUGCUCUGAUGUGUCAAUGCUUGCUGGCAAGGCAAGGGAGGGAAAACUGCAGCCUCAUGAGUUCCAGGGUGGAACAUUCACCAUCUCUAAUUUGGGGAUGUUUGGUGUCAAGAAUUUCUCAGCGAUCAUCAACCCUCCUCAGGCCUGCAUCCUGGCCGUAGGAGGCUCAGAGAAACGGCUGCUGCCAGCUGAUAACGAAAAGGGGUUUGAUGUAGCCAGCAUUAUGUCGGUGACACUGAGUUGCGACCACCGGGUGGUGGAUGGAGCAGUCGGUGCACAGUGGCUUGCAGAGUUCCGCAAGUUCCUCGAGAAACCCGUCACCAUGCUGUUGUGAUUGGACAGUACUGUCACUAAACCACCGCGAUAGGCUGAGACCUCUCACUGAGUUUAUCCGAUUGGUGUAAACGAGUCCUGAUCCUCCUGUGAUUGGCAGGCCUACCACGAGGACACUCCCAGGUCCCCUGAAAGGGAGAGACAAAUUUCUCACUCCACUUACAUGCUUUAUCCCUGCUGUCUUUCCUAUGUAGCUCUCUCUUCUCGCCCUCUGUCACUCAUAGCCUAUUUAUUGAGGCCCAAUGGCUCAUGUGAGACCAGAAUUAGGUGCACUCUAGUUUAGAGACUGGCCACAUUGUCCCUAAAACAUUGUUAAUGUUUUAGGAGGGGAAUUGUUACAGGUUCAACAAGGGGACAUAUUUAUCCAGAGGUAUGUAUGUGUGCGUGUAUGUCUCUACACAGUUUGUGUGGGUUUUUUUCUUUUUUUCUUCAUUUUGGAUGAAUGUGUCAAAGACCACAGGAUGAACAGCUAUCUCUUAAGUUUACUGUCUUUUGAGAGGAGGGUUCUGGGUUAUCUUGUCCUGCUGUUUGAUGCAAGAAAGAACAGUUUGUGAGGAAUGUGAUGGAAUUAAAUGUAAGUUAACAUUAAGAAACUUAGAGCUCAGAACUAAAACACACAAACCUGUCCCCAUCCAUUGGCCAUAAAUAUACCAUUUUGAUGUAAAAAUUGGUAACAUGUUAAACAUUUUUUUGUGUUUUCUCUUCUGUGGGUUAAUAAUUGUGUGUGCAUGCAUGCAUGCGUCCGUGUGUGUGUGGCAGGAUGAAUACAAUGUUGAACAUGUGGUGAUGAGUUCUGUAGGUCCCUUGGGCUGGUUUGUCAUUAGUAGCUACAGCGUAUCAUUACUGUUCACCCAAAAUAACCUUUAAGGUCUUCAUAUUAUUUAACUGAUCAGUAAUUUGAAAGUAAGAAAACUCCCUUUAAAGGAAGAAUUUAACUUGUCAAUCUCUCCAACAGGAAUGGAUUAUUUUGUUUUACAAAACUGGGAUAACUCAACACUAACUUAAGAAAUAUUCUGUCUGAAACGCACAAAGAGGUGUUGCUGGAUGUAUCAUUGUCAGUUGAAUAAAUUCAGCCUGAUGAUGUAGGCCCUUUGGUUUGGGUUUUUAUACAGUCACAUAAAAUAAAAACCCAAAUUAAAGCAUUGAGGAACAUGGACAUGGUCUCAUAAGAAGAAGAAAAAAAAAUUGAACCUACGUUCAGGCACUCCAAACGAAGAACAGAGAAUAGCGUGCUUACUCACAUUGUGCAAAAUGUGAUAAGACAAAA